UUUGCAUUGAUAGUUAUUAGAAAUUGAUCCCCUGUUCUGCCUUUGUUCAGUUCAAUCAUUGAUCAGCGGUGGAGCGACCGCGGAGCAGCACAGCCUCUGUGUUGUACGGCCACACCGACCGAUCUGGGAUCAGCACCGCGGACAGCACUGAUGUUUACAUGCAGGGAGCUUUUUAUUCCGCUGUUUUUACUCUUUAUUACCCGCUACAUGCACCACCGUACUUACAUGUACGGAAACUUUUAAUGCGUCCCCUCAGUCUCUCUUCCAGGACGUAGACUGUAACUUUUUCACCCCGGCUUAAUGUUUUAUGCGGUUUGUGUCGACGGCCGGUGCGUUGCUGCUGCAUCUUUCAGUAGGCAAUUCUUAUCAUUUUAACAUCUUUUUUAAAAAUGUCCUGAACCAUUUGCAUGUUUUGAAGUUUUUUUUUGGGUGUAUGUAUGUGUGUGUAAAUAAUUGGGAAAGUUUAUUUAUUGGACAUUUAUCAUUCCGCUCGGACAUUUUACGAGCGAAUAUGUGUACUGAACGUGUUAUAGUCGGUGCCGCUAAUAGAAGCAGUUUGUUGUUAAAAAAAAUAAAUAAGACGAGCUUUCACAUCUUAAAGGCGCUGGACUGUUGUGUCGCUGGCACACACACACAUACACACACACCGUAAAAAAAAUGUCUAAUUGAUAGUGUGGAGAAUGUGGCAGGUGAGCAGUUUGGUUUGGUAUUACAUAAUCCAUAACAUACACAUAUAUAGUCCCGUUAAAUAGCAUGUCAAGCCCGUAGUAGCCUAUUAGCUUAACCCGCCGGGGUUGAAAGUUGAAUUUAUACACCACAAUGCUAACAGGCUAAACGCUUGUAUUCCUGUAAGAAAACGUUAAAAUAAGGUUGGGGAAAGCUACCCCUCCACCUCCACUACAACAACCACCACCCCCACUCGUUCUCCCUAUCUCUCCUGAAGCCGCAUAGGGCUGCUCGGCCGGAGGAGGAGGUGGUGGUGGUGGUGGAGGAGGAGGAGAAGGGAGGGGGGGCUGUGUAAUUGUAUUCCCCGCUAAUGUUUGUAAAUCAGCCUCGGCCGGCGCAAGGGCACCGUCUCUGCCGUUUGACUGAUGUUCUGUAACAUGAGAAAUGACAGGAGCAUUGGCAGUCCUGGGUCCCUCGGAAAAAAAGCCUACCGAGGAGGGGAGAUAUAUCAGAUCUGGUGGCGCUCGGUUGUCUUGUGUUUGGUGGUCGAGUGUUAUUCCAGCUCCCAGCCGCUGGACCUCUCUCUCUCUCUCUCUCAUCCAGGCUGGGAUCCGGAGGGGCGAAGGGGAGCUAUUGUUGCUGCUGCUGCUGCUGCUGCUUCAGUGUAGCGUUCCUCUCUGCAGCCUCUCAUCCUGGACCGGUGUUACAUUUUUAUAUGAUAGAUGUAUUCAAGGUUUUUUUCAAAUGUGACUGAGUAGCCUGGGAGCUAAAUCUUGAACUGCCCCUUAAGGAUGCCCAAGCCAUUACCUAAUGUCAUGAGCAGUGAUGUGAUGAUUUAUAAUUAAGUAUAAUAAAAAAAAAAAGGUAGGCUCCAGGCAGUUAUCCUCCAUAAGGCAUACAACCUCUAAUAUCAAGGAAAAUUCAUGAUACCUGCAGAAAACUGUUAAUUCAUGCUUGUGUUCCCUUGAAUGACCUUAUCCUCUUGUAAAAUGGAUCACUUUGAUUCCACUUGCUAUGAAGUAGUAGUACUAAAAUGUACUGCAGAAGGGCUAUUGUCACCAUGUAAAUAUUGAUAAGUAAUCCCACCUAUGAUGGAUUGGUGGACGGUGGAUGAAAUGAAAUGUGUGUUUUUUGGAUAAUAAUUGCAUAGUGUGCAGUUUACAAGUAAAGCAGUCCAGUCAGCCUUGCAAGAAAUGGACAUAGGAUCGAACUUUAUUAAUCCUGAAGGAAAUUCUUGUCCCAGAGAUCCCUCACAAAUGACUACGACAUAAAAAUGACAACAUUAAAGUGUAUGAGGAGUAAAUGCUAACACCAGUGCCUAAUAGAAUAACAGUAGCAGUAAGAUAAAUGUAGGGAAAUAAGAAAACAGAAAUAGAAAAGUAUUAUUCUUCUGAAUGUCCGGUGUGUCAGUUCUCCUUCCUGCAGAAGAGGGAGGAGUUAUACAGAUUGAUGGUCAGUGGUAGUAAAGCCCUCGUGGCGUUUUGUGGUGCACCUCGGUGGUCUUAGUCUACAUCUGAUAGUGCUCUGAUAUGACUCCAGCGUGGCGUGAAGGAGCUGAGAGGCAUUAUCCAUAAUGCUGAAUAGUUUCCUGAACAUACUUGAUAUGGUUUCAGUUUUUAAAACGAAUGAAUAUCGAAUGCACCUGUAAGCUAAUGAUUUUAAAUUGGCUUGAAUUACAGCAGCUAGUAUGUAAAAGUGCUGUUGUUGGAUGCCUUUCAGCCCUGUUUAAUAGUAAUCAUCAAUUGACGUGAUAUAGAAGCGUAAUAGCAAACUCGACACAUGGAUGUGUUGAAAGCGGCGUCUGCGUUCGGGAGAAAAACGAAUGACAUUUUUCGGAAAUUAUGUUUCUUUGACACCAACAUCUUUAAGAUUUCGCACAGAUUUGAUCACAUUAUCUCAUUGACAGCAUUGGUGAAUAUUCUUACAAGCCUCCAGUUGCAAACAUGCCUGUAGCUUAAAUGUGACAUCCUCUGCUACACGUGUCACAAAUCAAUUAAUUCACCUCUUUCUCGUUCAGUCAUGGUUGGAGCCAGUUUUUCUGGCAGUGUAAAAUCAUUACAGCUGUUUCACCAUCUUGAUAUUCUUGCUAUAUCUGAGGACAUCUAAGAGCUUAUUUAUUGCGGCAGUUCACGCCGGAACAUUUAUUUUCUCAUUACAAGUUAUUAUGUGAGUAAACUGAGUAUGCAGUUUUUGUGUAUGUGUGUGUGUGUGAGAGAGAGAAAGUGUGUUUGUGUUUGUGUGCAGUAGAUUUGUGCCUCUGAGUUGUACAGGAUGAAUAAUUCACCUGCAGGCUGAUGAAAAGAGGGCAGGGAAAGUGUGAAGCGCUGAGGUGGAGUGACCUUGGUUCCUGCUGGCUGCAGGUCACCCGGCCGUUGCUGUGGUAAUCAUUCACACCAGCCAGAUGGCAUUUCCGUGGGCGAGCAUGAAAAGGACGGGUCAGGGUCUGUCCUGCCAGGUCCUGCCAGGCCCCAGAAAAAAAAUUCUUGGCCGAUACGUUACCUGGAGUGAGCGUCGGGGCCUGAAGAAAGACUUUGAGAAGAGGGAGCUAAACUCUGUAGCGUCUGAGCUGGCGGGUCGACAAGAGGAGAGCGAACAUUCCCACAAGCACCUGGUAGAGCUGAGCAGGGAGUUCAAGAGAAAUGUACCUGAGGUGGUCGCUCUGAACAAGCGCAGUAAGGAGGCCGAGUCUGCGUUCCUGGGAAUCUACAAGCAGCUUAUCGAGGCCCCAGAUCCGGCUCCUGUGCUGGAGGCCUCGCACACCCUGGAGGGGAGGCUGCAGCAGCUUCAGAGUUCAGCCCCAGACAGCAAGGCCCUGGUGAGGGAGAUCAGCGGGCACUGGAAGAAACACCUGGAGUGCCUUGAAAAGACAGAGCCCACAAAGGACGGCCCAGCGGUCUCGGGGGCAGCGGUGACAGGAGACGCCCCAGAAUCCAGCUCUCCGGCCUCCCUGAUGACCCCCAACAGCACACCGACUCCAGGGGCCCCUGGCUCCCCGCAGCAGAACUGCCAGGACCGAGCUGAACAGGACGAACGAGGGGAGGAGGAGGAGGAGGAGAGCACUGACACGAGUUUGGCUGACAGGCUAUCAGAGGCCGAGGAGAAGAUCAAGGUUCUGCAUUCAUCUUUGAACACUGCACAUUCAGAGCUGCUGGACCUGCGGUGUAAAUACAACCAAGAGAUGACGAACAAAGCAGAGGAGGUCGACGCCAUCAUGGCGAAUCUCGAGAAGGCGAACCAGAGAGCGGAAAUGGCCCAGAGAGAAGUGGAGAGGCUAAAGGAGCAGUUAGCCAGUGGCCAGAGUGGCACCACAGGGAGUUCCCAUCCAGCAGAGGGCACUAGCAGGGAGAAGAACGAGGUGUUGCCCUCUCAGCUGGAAGCCGCCCUGCUGGCUAAAGACCGCGAAAUCCUCCGCCUCCUAGAAAACAUCCAGCGGCUGCAGUUCACGCUACAGGAAGUUCAGGAGAACUCAGCCAAUCAGAUCCUAGAGCUGGAACGCCAGCUGGCCUAUAAGGCAGAAGCUAUCGAGAGAUUAGAAGCUAAACUGCAGUCCCAGAUGGACUACGAGGAGAUUAAAACUGAACUCAGCAUCCUAAAGGUGAUGAAGCUGGCUUCUGCAAAUGGCAGCUCAUCCCAGGAUUCUGCUAAGGCUGCAGAAGCUCUUUUGCUGGAUAAAGAGGCUUUUCUUCCAUCUCACAAGUACAUGAUGGAUAAGGCUCGCAUUUUGCACAGCAACGAUGAUGACCAUUCUGAGGAUCCAGGCAGACAGACAGGCAGGCCGCCCGGCUCCCACUCGUCUUCCUCUCAGGCGGACGGCCGUGCCUCCCCGAGCCCCGGCCCCCCGACCCUGGACGGCUCCUCCUCCAGCCACGAUAUCCCUCGACCCUUCUCCGUGUCGCCGUGCUCCGGGGACCGGCUGUCGGGAGACCACCUCCUCCACAAGCAGCUCCUCUCCCCACAUUUUAAAAAGGAGGGCCUCAUGGCUUUUCCCACAGCCCUCUAUGCAGCCAAAGUCGCUCUCAUGUCAGCCACUCAAGGGUCGGCGGGGGGCGGCAGCGUCGACGCCGGCUUGCCCAGCGACCAAUCAGAAAGCGGCAGCUCGACCGCGGGUGACGAGGACCAACUGGACACGGCGGAGAUAGCCUACCAGGUGAAAGAGCAACUGCUGAAGCAUAACAUCGGCCAGCGCGUGUUCGGCCACUACGUGCUGGGCCUCUCCCAGGGCUCGGUCAGCGAGAUCCUGGCCCGGCCCAAACCCUGGAGGAAGCUGACUGUGAAAGGCAAAGAACCCUUUAUUAAGAUGAAGCAGUUCCUCUCAGACGAGCAGAACAUCCUGGCGCUCAGGACCAUCCAGGUCCGCCAAAGAGGGAGCAUCACUCCGCGCAUCCGAACUCCUGAAACUGGGUCAGACGACGCCAUUAGGAAUAUCCUGGAGCAGGCCAAGAAGGAGAUCCAGUCCCAGCGGGGAGGUGAUGGCAAGACGUCUCUGAGCGCCUCCCUAGGCAGGAGCAGUAACGGGGCGGGCAGCAGCUCUGACGACACCAUAAAGAAUAUCCUAGAACAAGCCAGGAGGGAGAUGGAGACCCAGCAGCAUACCCUGAUGGAGAUGGAGGCCUGUGGUAGAGCCUCAACUGCCAGCUCAGGAGCUCAGGUGGAACGCUUGGGGCCACCAGAGCGCUCCAGGGGCCUCCCUUUACCAAUCUCCAUCAAACAAGAGGAGGGGGGCUGCGUCACCGUCUGCAUGGCCAAUCCCAUCAGCAGCCCCCAGACGCCCCUCAGCGUCCUUUCCCCAGCCGCUUUCGUCCAGAACAUCAUCCGCAAAGUCAAAUCAGAGAUCGGCGAACCGGGCACCUUUUUCGACCAGCACUGGUCUCACGAGCGGGGUCCCAUGAGUCUGAUCGGCGGAGGCAGCUCUCGACCCUUCACUUCGGUCUCUCCCUCCCUGUCUUCCUCCUCUUCCGGGCCCUCCGCUCUGCCCAGGCCGUGGCCCCGCCUGGAGAACGGAGAGUGUCUCCCCAACAGCGAGGAGGCCUCCGCCGCCGAGGACGAGCUGGUACUGAGCCGGCCGGUGGAGGUGAAAGUGGAGUCGGACACGUCGGUGAGCGGCGAGUCUCCGGGCCCCGGCCCAGGACGGCUCUCCUAUUACCCGGCGUACAUCCCUCGCGCCCUCAAGCCCACCGUGCCGCCGCUGACCCCAGAGCAGUACGAGUUGUACAUGUACAGAGAGGUGGACACCAUCGAGCUGACCAGGCAGGUGAAGGAGAAGCUGGCCAAGAACGGCAUCUGUCAGAGGAUCUUUGGUGAAAAGGUGCUGGGCCUUUCUCAGGGCAGCGUGAGCGACAUGCUGUCUCGGCCCAAACCCUGGAGCAAGCUGACCCAGAAAGGCAGGGAGCCCUUCAUCCGCAUGCAGCUGUGGUUACUGGACCAGCUAGGCCAGAGCCUCAGCCAGCCCCCGAACCAGGGCCACACUCAGGAUAAAAGCCCAGUGACGGCCCACUCUUCGCCCUCCCCGCCCCCAAGCCCAGCGGAGAGCCAUCCCAGUCCGCUGGUGGAACCGGUAAGCCUCUCCCUGGAGAGCAGCAAGGAGAACCAGCAGCCUGAGAGCCUGGUCCUGGGUCUGCCCCCCAACCCAGAGGGAGGAAAGUCCACCCCCAGCCUCAUGGCCCUGCAUCAGCCCACAAACCCACUCGGCAUCCAGGAGCUGGUCGCCAUGUCUUCGGAGCUGGACACCUACGCCAUCACCAAGAAGGUGAAGGAGGUGCUAACAGACAACAACCUAGGUCAGCGUCUUUUCGGGGAGACCAUCCUGGGUCUGACUCAAGGCUCGGUGUCUGACCUGCUGUCCAGGCCUAAACCUUGGCACAAACUCAGCCUGAAAGGCAGGGAGCCGUUUGUCCGCAUGCAGCUUUGGCUCAACGAUCCUCACAAUGUGGACAAGCUGAGGGCCAUGAAGAAGAUGGAGAAGAAAGCCUAUCUGAAGAGGCGGUACGGCCUGCUGAGCACCGGCUCAGACAGCGACUCGCCCAGCACUCGCUCCGAGUGUGUGAGUCCAGCUUUGGCCUCGCUGGACCUGUGUCCCUACAGCCAGGUGAAGAAGCCUCGGGUGGUGCUGGGAGCUGAGGAGAAGGAAGCCCUGAGGAAGUCCUACCUGCUGGAGCCCUACCCCUCUCAGAACACGAUUGAGAUGCUGGCCUCGCAGCUCAACCUGAAAACCAACACCGUCAUCAACUGGUUCCACAACUACAGGUCCAGAAUGCGACGGGAGGUGCUGAUGGAAGGUCUGCCAGACAAUGACACAGACGCCGAGCACCACAGCUACUCGCCCUCAGCGACACGGAGCCCCCACUCUGAUGGAGAGGAGAGGAGGCUGCAGCAGCCCUCAGGACACAUCCACUCCAGCCACCCUCUCAGCGCCAACACCGCACCACCUCACGUCAAACAGGAGGCAAUAGACAGGGAAGACGAGGGGGACGAGGGGCGGGAGGGCUCCGUGAAGCAGUCGAGAGUUCAGUUUUUUUCCACGGGGGUGCAGUUCCCGCAGUUGAAAAGCGAGCACGAGGACUCCAUCGCCGGCUGUCGCGAGCCUCACUUGGCCGGCCAGAGCCUGAGGCAGGAAGAGGGGAUGUGCAGCCAGGCUCAGGGGCUGUACCCUGGCGCAGUCUCCAUAGACGGUCCGCAGAGAGCCAACCAGUCCAGGCACGAGGGAGAAGACUCCGGAAAGUCGCCCGUCGACCCGGUCAGCUUCAAGGCCUCGUCGGAGCCCUGCCGUAGCAGCCUGGAGGUGUCCCUCAACUCCCCCUCCGCUGCGUCCUCACCUGGCCUCAUGAUGUCAGUUUCUCCUGUGCCCUCCUCUUCCGCUCCCAUAUCGCCCUCGCUGCCCAACCCGCCCUCAACGAGCACCAAUCACAGCCAGGACCAAAACCAACUCCUGCCCUUCCAGAGCCCCAAACUCAACAGAAGCACUCAGAGACGCAAUGAGAAAAUGGCCAACCUCAAUAACAUCAUCCAUAGGCUGGAGAGGGCGGCCAAUCGAGAGGAAACACUGGAGUGGGAGUUUUAAUCCCCCAUUUACUCGUAUCCAGUCCUGAUGACCCUCGCGGCGCACAGGAGAGUCUCAAACAGAAGCUUCCUGAAGACUUGGAGUGGAGCCUGGCUCCUGAAGGCCUGUCCUUUCAGACUGAAAACUGAUUGGCAAUGGGAACACGGAGCUAAACAUACGGCGAAACUCCCUACAAGAACUUAGAGUUGAAAAAAAGUUUAUAAAUGUGUAUUUGUUUUUUCUUUUUUUUCUUUUUUUUUUUAAGGCAUACUACUUUGAAAUAAAUGUGACAGCACUAGCUGUUCUUUUACCUAUUGGACUUGACAUGAAGACUUUUGCAGCUAUGGUGUCAUAAAAUGUACACUGAAGUUCUGUAGAUUGCCACUGGGUGAGAUUAAAAAAAGACCCCUGUCUUAAGCCAUUAAAAGCACUAUAACUAUUUGAAAAGAGACAUUGACCAAAUUUGCUACUUUUUGAAUAGCAAUUUUUCAGAUUUUGUCUGUAAGACUGGACAGUUUAAGUCAAGUAACAUGAAAUCCUAUUACUGACUGAGGGAUAGUCCUUUAAGACUCUAAAUAUUCAACAUCUUGUAUGUACUUAGUUUCUUGGUGAUAUGUUUUGAAAUAUUUGUAACUCACACGUAUAAAAUGUGGUUGUACAUGUUGUAGAAUUGUCUGCAAUAGCCUUCUCUAAACCUGAUGUAGCAUGGUACUCACCUGACCCUGUUAUCCUCUGUAGUUAGUCACCUGUGAUUAUACUUGAGCGAAAACAAGAGAAAAAAAAAAAGUUGAAAACCCUGCAAAAAAUAACAAAAAAGGAAACGUUAAAUCUAAUGAGUAGAGUACUUUUAGUGUUUUUCUUUUCUUUUGUUUUCUUUUUUUUCUUUGGAUAAUCCUUGAGGUUUACAGUUUAGGGCCCGUGUGCUUUUGGUAGUAAGUGAAACAUUCACUCCACACGAGCACAGUUUACAUGAUUUCUUUCAGACUUACCUCUCUGACCCUCUAAGGCACUGGUUCUCAGACUGUAAUGGGCCAAGACACAGGACACCCGGUUUACCUCAGAUUAACGGUGAUGCACAUCAUGCUAUGACCACGCAUUUCAUUCUUAUACAUGAACAUGACCCACGCGUAUUUGAAUAAACGGAGGGGGGGGGGGGGGGGGGGUACUCAUCAAACACGUAGCAAAGGGGAUGAGUUUUAAAUUAGCAAAAUCAGUCUUUUACACAGAAUAUGCUGCUGUUUGAUUAAAAUAGGGAGCUAGUAAUUCACUUGUCGGUUACCCCGCAGGUUACCUACAAUGAUUGAGUGCACUUUCUCAAAAUGGGUCAUUUACUGUAGCUAGAAUAAUGUAUACUUGACGAAACACCUCAACCUCUGAGCACUGGCAUGGUGUUUAAGGUAACGUUGUGAGCGACACUACAGUGCUGUGAAUUGAUCUCCUUUUGGGGCUAAAGCUCACAGUAUUUGAGAGCAUGAUACGUACAGUAUGACCUCUCAUCCACAUGAAAACGUUCAGUUUGUAAGUACACUAUAUUCAAGGACACAAAAGGUUACAGGUAUCCCCUCAUAUUAUCUUUGACCACUUGUGUAUUGUGUCUGUAGUUUCUUUGUCAUGCUUGCAAGAUGUUCUUUAUGUAUUUUGCCUCUAUUUUAUACUCAGAACAGUUAACUAGAUAUUCAAUACCUCGUGUAUGAACUACUUACAGCACUUAGAUUUUGAUAAUUGUGAGGACUCAAGAAAAAUUUCAAAUAUCAACAUUAUCCUUAACUUAGUGUCCACAAGUCUUUGCCUUUACUGUAUCGUUGAAGUUGGUAGUUAACACUUGCACAUGUCUACAUAGUUCAGAGGACUUGGAUUGUAUUAGAGAUAUAUAUUACACAAUUACUAAAAAAAAAAAAUAAUAUCUUACAUUCUUGGAACAAAAUGUGCUGAUUAUAUUGAAAUAGAGUGUACAGAUUUAAUAAACCAAACCCAUUCAAGCCAGUUCUGGUCUGGCAAGCUUGCCCACGUUUUAGACCUUCUCUCAGGGUAGUCUUGCUUUUUAAAGCUUUACUGAAACAGUUGCUCUCAUCCGUGGUGGUGACUAUGACAAACAUUAUGUGGUGUGGAGAAUGACUCCGUUAUAUAUUAAUUGGACCUGUGGAAGUUGCGUGUAUAUGAGAUUUGCAACUUUCGCAGGAAGCAGUGAUUUGUUGGAGAGCUGUUGCUGUUUUGUAAUUCAUUACACAGAUGUGUCAAAGUACACUGUAGAUUGGAACUACCAGGAUGAGGCUGAUGGGUUGUUGCAUUUUUGAGAUCAGUAGACUUUGCUCUCUAAAAUACUGUUGGUUUUUUCUUUUUCUCUUGGAGCCACAGAAGAUUUUUCUCUGGUUUUCGUACCACCAUUUUUUGUGCAUAUUAUACUGUAUGAUUAGAAGUGGCAUUUCUUAUGUGGAAAUCUCAUUGUCUUUCAUGGUAACAUGGGCAUAUGACUGAAAAACUAAUGUAUUUACCCAGACCAUUAUCUCUUCAUGUAAAGCUCAUCUCAUUGUUUUGCAUGCAAAUCCAUUCUGGUCAAAUGACAAGGGAUAGACUGUGUUUUUGUGUUGUUGUUCUAGCACAGGGACAUUGAAUCAGCACUUAAGUCUUUUUACAUUAGUGAAGUCCACGCAUGGUGCAGCUAAUAAAUUUGGCUCUCACAAUUAAUCCUGUCAAAUCAGAACCCAAAAAUGAACCAGUAAACGUUGCUCCCAGGUAAACAUUUAAAUCAAGAUUAUUUUGUGCCAUAUCAUAUGCCUCAUGCAUUAUCCUCACAGGAGUAAUGCCUUGCGGUAAGGUGUGAUUUAAGAGGGGUGCUGGGCCUUUAGUAACCCUGUUUACAAAAAGCAAAGCUUUUUGUGACAAGAGCCCUACACAUUAGAUGGUUUUAUUUUAUAAUUGACAUGAGUCACUAAAUAAUGAAGUAAUUGGUCAGCAAAAAUUGAAUGAUUUCAUUCAGAGUUGUUAAUAUGGAAACAGUAUUCACAACUCUGAUACUGAGGGUUUGUCACAAAGAAAAAAAAAUCAUUUGAAAGUCAGCUGUGAGCCAAUAAAGAGGAGUGUCCUGCAGGCUUAAAUAACUGUCAAAUGCCUCAUGUGUCAGGCUAUUAAAUGUUAAGGAAUGGACAAAGUAUGCCAAGUGUCUUGGAAUUGAAGUUGCAUAAUGUAAGCCAUCAUUCAAUACAUAAUUGUUUAAGA